AUGAUGGAUUCAGGACACGUCAGUAAGUACAUUGCCAUCGGGGACACCAAGCACACACCCCCAGAGAUUGAGAUUUCUCCGAUCACCUUCCCAGGUGGUCCGGAGAACCUCAUUCUCCUAGCGCGCUGCACUCACCCACCAUACUUUCUCCCUAAAGGCCAGAUCAUCGCCCAGUUUAUCCCCAUUCCCGAGGGUAUCCCAGUAGACGACCAUGCACCAGGUGUCUACUGGGCAGAAGUAGUGGGUGAGGAUAAACCCAUCAUAGACUGCAGCGUCAAGCAGGGUGCCGAAUCCUUACAAAUGAAGGGCCUGCUUGACACAGGAGCGGAUGUGACGGUCAUUCCUGAAAGGAGGUGGCCGUCACAUUGGGAGUUGCAACCCGUGGCAGGAAAGAUACAGGAAGCGGCCACUGUAGAGCGCCCCUUCCAGAAGUUAGAUUGGACCACUAACGAAGCGGUCUGGAUUGAUCAGUGGCCGCUCAGGAAAGAUAAAUUAAAGGCGCUCAACGAACUCGUGGAGGAGCAGUUAGCGAAGGGCAAUAUAGUCGAGACCACCAGCCCUUGGAACUCCCCGGUAUUUGUAAUCCGUAAGCCGGGGAAGGACAAGUGGCGGCUCCUUCACGACCUUCGAGAAAUCAACAAGAUCAUUGUGGACAUGGGACCCCUUCAGCCGGGGAUGCCUACCCCAACCAUGCUCCCUCGAGAUUGGCAAUUGGCAGUAGUUGAUAUAAAGGAUUGCUUUUUCCAAAUUCCCCUACAUCCUGACGAUGCCCCACGGUUUGCCUUCUCGGUGCCCACUCUUAACCGAGAAGCCCCAGUGAGGAGAUUCCACUGGCGAGUGUUGCCGCAAGGCAUGAAAAAUUCACCCACCAUUUGCCAGUGGUACGUCUCCUCAUUGCUGUCUCCUGUACGCGCUAAAAUGGGGGAGGUCAUCAUCCAUCACUACAUGGAUGAUGUCCUAGUGUGCGCCCCCCAUGACAAUCUACUCACACGAGCGCUUGACCUGGUGGUUGAAGUUCUGACCUCCGCGGGAUUUCAACUCCAGGAAGAUAAAGUUCAAAGGAUGCCACCCUGGAGGUACCUGGGUCUACAGAUCGCUGAGAGGACCAUUGUUCCUCAAAAAUUGGCCAUAAACAGCGAUCCUAAAACUCUGGCAGACCUCCAUUCCCUGUGUGGGACAUUGAACUGGGUCAGGCCUUGGCUGGGCCUCACGACUGAGGACCUAGCCCCCCUCUUCGUCCUAUUGAAGGGGGAGAAGGAGCUGAGUUCUCCUAGGUCCCUGACCCCAGAGGCGAAGAAAGCCCUCGAGAGAGUGCAGGAAGCUCUGAUGGAGAGGCAGGCACACAGGUACGAGCCAGCCCUGCCAUUUGAGUUUAUUGUAUUGGGGAAGUUACCACACCUGUGUGGGCUGAUAUUCCAGUGGGACCGGGGCUCCAAGGACCCUCUCUUGAUCAUAGAAUGGGUUUUCUUGAGCCACCAGAGGUCCAAAAGUAUCACCAGGCCACAGGAGCUGAUGGCUCAGCUCAUCAGGAAAGCUCGAGCAAGGCUUCGGGAGAUGGCUGGGUGCGAUUUUUCAUGUAUACGGGUACCAGUCAGCUUGUCUCGGGACAAAGCGUCCCCAGAUAAGCUGACUAAAGAAAUGUUUAAUCAAUUAUUGCAGGAGAAUGAGACUCUCCAGAUUGCCUUAGAUAGUUACAGUGGACAAGUUUCAGUCCACGCCCCUGCACACAAAUUUUUCAAUGCAAAAUUUAAUUUGAUUCCGAGAGAAAUUAGGAGCCGAAAACCCCUCAAAGCUGUGACUGUUUUUACAGACGCAUCUGGAGCAUCCCACAAGUCAGUGAUGACUUGGAGGGAUCCUCAGACUCAGCAGUGGGAAACGGAUAUUAAGUAUGUGGAGGGAUCUCCACAGGUUGCUGAGUUAGAUGCUGUCGUCAGAGCCUUUGAGAGGUUUUCUGACCCAUUCAAUUUGGUAACUGAUUCGGCAUAUGUUGCAGGGGUUGUAGUGAGAGCUGAGAAUGAAGCUCUCAAGGAGGUCUCUAACCCCCAGCUAUUUGAGGUGCUUUCGAAAUUGAUUUAUACCGUUUCUCACCAAAAGCAGCCCUUUUUUGUCAUGCAUGUGAGAUUGCACACAGAGCUCCCUGGCCCGGUAGCCAAGGGAAACGAAAGAGCAGAUUCCUUCGCUGCCCCUGUUAGAAUGGCUCAGCUCCCUGAUGUUUUCCAGCAAGCCAAGUUGAGCCAUCAGAUGUUCCACCAGAAUGUGCCUGGACUGGUCCGCCAAUUCCACCUGAGGCGAGACCAGGCCAGGGCCAUUGUGGCAACAUGCCCACACUGCCAGUCCACCGCGAUGCCAUCCCUGGGAUCGGGGGUUAACCCUAGAGGCCUGGGGAGCUGCGAGGUGUGGCAGAUGGAUGUCACCCAUGUCCCCGAGUUUGGUAGGUUCAGAUAUGUUCACCUCUCCAUCGACACCUCAGGUGCAGUCUACGCCUCUGCCCACACAGGAGAGAAAGCCGAGCAGGUCUGUAAACAUCUCAUGCAGGCUUUCUCUGUGUUAGGGGUCCCCAGAGAGAUCAAAACAGAUAAUGGCCCAGCAUAUACCUCCAGGAGACUGGAGGAUUUCCUGCAGGAGUGGGGAGUGCAACAUAAAAAAGGCAUCCCACACUCCCCCACAGGCCAAGCAAUCGUUGAGCGAGCCCAUCAGUCGCUCAAACGCGUCCUGACCCAUCAAAGAGAGACCAUGAAGGGCUGCACCCCACAAGACCGGCUGUGCAAAGCUCUUUUUACUAUCAAUUUCCUAAAUUGUUCAGAUAAUGAUUUAAACCCUCCAGUGGCCCGGCACUUCAUGUCAGCCAGCAACUACCAGUUGCAACACCGCCCUCCAGUGCUGGUCCGAGACCCAGAAACCCAGAAGAUCAUGGGUCCAUUUGAACUGGUGACCUGGGGGCGAGGUUAUGCCUGCAUUUCCUCACCCCAGGGGCUGAGGUGGAUCCCGCAGAGGUGGGUGAAGCCUUAUGCCCCCAAACAUCCAACCAGGCCACCAGACAGCCCGGAAAAGGAAGCCGCGUCCGAAUAG